AUGUUUCGGAGGAGCAAUGAUUUUACUGUCUGGCGAUUUCCGCCAAAUACUGCCAGUAAUUCCAAGAUCUACAGCUGCCGACGAAAUAAACGCUUGCCUCAAAUCGUCAAAUCUAUGCGCUAUGUGAAGAAACUGCAACUGACAACAAACAUGAGAGUUACAUUGCUUAAUGAUACAUCUGCUGAAGUUUUCUCGAAGCAAUUGCUGAGUAUCGGUAAUGGUCAAGUACCUGUCGAUGAAUCGAGCGGAUUAAUAUCAUUUUCAAACAAUUUUUGUAAUUUUGUCUCAUCAAAAGACGAACUUAUCAACAAUGUAUUUCCAGAAAUUGUUUCUAAUAGCAAAAAUAAUGAAUGGUUGCGUGAGCGGGCAAUUUUAGCAGCAAAGAAUAAAGAUGUAGAUGACCUAAACCACAUAAUUCAAAAUAAAAUAAUUGGAACAAUGCUUUCAUUCAAAUCUAUUGAUUGCGUCACAAAUGAAGAUGAAGCCACCAACUAUCCAAUUGAAUUUUUAAAUUCUUUGGACGUGCCUGGCUUACCACCGCACAAUUUACUCCUAAAGGUUGGCUCCGUAGUAAUAAUGCUUAGGAACAUAAACCAACCAAAACUGUGCAACGGUACGCGUUUGGUGGUUACAAAAUUGAUGAACAAUGUAAUUUACGCUACCAUAAUGAUAGGAAAAUUUAAAGGUGAGGAAGUUCUCAUUCCGAGAAUACCGAUGAUCCCAACCGAUCUGCCGUUUGAAUUCAAAAGAAUUCAAUUUCCAAUACGUCUCGCAUUUGCCAUGACCAUCAACAAAUCACAAGGGCAAUCCUUAAAAGUUUGUGGUUUGAAUUUGGAACAUUCAUGUUUUUCCCAUGGUCAACUAUAUGUGGCAUGUUCACGGGUCGGAAAACCAUCUGCGUUGUUUGUUUUUGCGCCUGAUAACAAAACAAAAAAUGUUGUGUAUAAGAAGGUACUUCAAUCAAGAGGCACUAAAAUGAAUAAAUCAUUAUGA